GUUGCUAACAAACCUGCCGCCUGCAACUUCGGCCGUCCACCAUUCGCUCAUGCAUUGACGCUUUCCAGCCGCCGUCUGCGUUAACCGUGUGUGAGGAUGGAGCCGUGUCGACGCUGAGUGCAGCUGGACGCUCAGCUCCGUGCUUGCUGCAUGGUGCUCCGUGUCUCUCUGCCUGCUUUCUGACGCUCGGGGUUGCAGUCUGGCCUCCAGCCGCGGCUGCGAUUUAACUUCAUUUCACAGCGUCGCCUUGCUCUCAAGUCAUGUUUAUUUUAUAAAGAUGGCGGUGAGGGGGACACUGUAAACUAAAUGACUGUCAGAAACAUCGCCUCCAUUUGUAAUAUGGGCACCAAUGCCUCUGCUCUGGAGAAAGACAUCGGCCCGGAGCAAUUCCCAAUCAAUGAACACUACUUUGGAUUGGUCAAUUUUGGAAACACAUGCUACUGUAACUCAGUGCUGCAGGCGCUCUACUUCUGCCGGCCUUUCCGGGAGAACGUGCUGGCCUACAAAGCCCAGCAGAAGAAGAAGGAGAACCUGCUCACAUGCCUGGCUGACCUCUUCCACUCCAUCGCUACACAGAAGAAGAAAGUGGGCGUCAUCCCGCCCAAGAAGUUCAUCUCCCGCCUACGGAAGGAGAACGAUCUGUUUGACAACUACAUGCAGCAGGAUGCCCACGAAUUUCUCAACUACCUGCUAAACACGGUGGCCGACAUCCUGCAGGAGGAGAAGAAGCAGGAAAAGCAGAACGGACGCCUCAAGAACAACGGCACCGCCAUCACCACAGAGACCGAGACAGAGAACAAGACAGAGCCCACGUGGGUUCACGAUAUCUUCCAAGGCACACUGACCAAUGAGACACGCUGCCUCAACUGUGAAACGGUGAGCAGCAAAGAUGAAGAUUUUCUGGAUCUUUCUGUGGAUGUGGAGCAGAACACAUCAAUAACACACUGUCUCAGGGACUUCAGUAACACAGAGACAUUGUGCAGUGAAUACAAAUACUACUGUGAGACAUGCUGCAGCAAGCAGGAAGCACAGAAACGGAUGCGUGUGAAGAAGCUUCCUAUGAUCCUGGCGCUUCACUUGAAGAGGUUCAAGUACAUGGAGCAGCUGCACCGCUACACCAAGCUGUCCUAUCGAGUGGUUUUCCCCCUAGAGCUCCGUCUGUUCAACACAUCUGGAGAUGCAGUCAACUUGGAUCGCAUGUAUGAUCUAGUGGCUGUGGUGGUUCACUGUGGCAGUGGUCCAAACAGAGGUCAUUACAUCACCAUAGUGAAGAGUCAUGGCUUCUGGCUGCUGUUUGACGAUGACAUCGUGGAGAAAAUUGACGCCCAGGCCAUCGAGGAGUUUUAUGGGCUUACCUCAGACAUCUCUAAGAACUCUGAGUCGGGAUACAUCCUCUUCUACCAGUCCAGGGAGUGACUGGAGCUGGAUCAGUGACACAGGAAGAGACUGAGCAGGAUGAGACCUGUUUGUUUGUUUUUUUUUUACCUUUACAAACCCAGACUCCUGCCACCUCCACCCCAUCCUCCUCCUCCUCCCCUCCUCCAUGUCAGACCUCUUCUGACGUAUGUGCCAAUCCUCUACCCUCAGCGCCUGCCCCUGGGGUUUUUUUUUUUUUUUUUCCUGUUCCUCAUCUCUCUCUGUAUAAUUUGCUUCUCAUGUUUUAGUCACCUGCAUCUGGACUGCACUUUAAAAGAAAGGCAAAAAAAAAAUGCUCUACAGCAUGACAGAAACAAAAAGGAGUCUACAUCCACAUCAAACCCUGCUCCCUUUGGUGUAGGCUGGUAGGAGAAGCCUGCAGAGGUGAUUCACUACCAGGAUGAUGACGGGGUGAAGGGUCUGGUUCACAUACAGACAGACGGUUGUCAGAAAUUGUACUAUAUCAUUUAUAUGUAUAUAAGGUCUACUUCCAUUAGGUGUCCCCCCCCCCUUUUCAUUAGGGCUAUUUCCCCACAUCACUGUCCAGUCCUUUGAUAUGUUCAUGUCCCUGGUGGAUGCAUGAGAAGUGAAUGAAGUUGGAGACAAACACUGUAUAAUAGGCACAGAUAGAUUUCAUGCAUUUCUAAUGGUUUUGAAGCAAUACCUUAGCAUUAAUUAGCAAGAACUCACAUGCUGAAAACUACCUAAAAUGAUUAACUCUUGACAGUACGAAGGUCGUCUUUAUCCCGUAGAGAAUCACUCUAUGAGCUGCUGCCUGUCUAACCAGAUAUGAUCCAAUACUUUUAACACUUGAUUCAACAACACUACACACGAAAGGACAUACUGCUGUUUUUAACAUUAGCAGACCUUUCUCUAUCAAAUGGAUCUCCAUUCAGAUCAGCUGAAUCUUUAUAAUUUUUUAUUCUGAUAUUAAAAAAAAAAACCCUAUUUAUUGAACUUAACAUAUUUAUUACUGUUAUUCGUAAUGCUGACUGCUUGUUAAUGAAGGUUUGUGUGUGUAAUAAGGCUCAUUUCAGAGCUGCGUAUGUUAAGACUUAUUGUCUAAGCUUUCAUGGUGUAUUUAAUACACAACUUGAUAGGACAGCUAUGGCUGGGUUGCAACAAAAAAAAAAUUGGUUUUAUCAGUUUGUUGUUCGCAUGUCACGUGAAAAGAUGAGACAGAUUAACAUGAUGCAAGAGAGACAAAACCCACAACUGCCUAAUCUUUUGAUUGACAUUAAAAAAAGGAGAAAAUAGUGCAAUAACAGGGGAAGAUAUUCACUGUGGAAUUACCCCGUGAGACUUGAUAUACAGUACAUUUAAAUGUUAGUGCUAGACGUGUUUCUUAGCAGCUGAUCUUUUCCCAGUGCUUUGUGUUUGUGUGACCAUGAUCAAAAUAAUACUCCCCUUUUUACCACAUAUAAUGUCCACUACCUGCUGGGAUGUUUGCUGCAACAUUCUGUCAUCCAUCUCUUUUUGCAACCUUACAUGGCAUUGUCUUUUUCUUUUAUUAUUACUCCUAUGUUGAACUACA